AUGGAGCGCCCUUGUGGCCGAACCAAGGAGGAGGCGAACAUCCAUCGCACGCUGCAGGUAAGCAUAGCGAUCUCCGUAGGUGCAACGGAGGCAGGCAAAGUGGCCUGGUCGCGGUGGCUGAAUGUCCCACAGCUGAACAGACAAAGCUUGGGGGCACCCAGUGGUACCCAGCUACCAUUCCGUUGGCCGGAGCUUGCUGAGGGCCGUUCUGUACCUUUGUGGGACUUCGAAGUCAACGCCUUUUACUUCAGAGGAAGCGAUGCUGUCGUUGUCGUCUGUCAGAUUUCCCUGCUGAAGUCGGGCCUGCAAUCGGCUGUUGCUCGUGUGCUCAUGAGAAUCAGGUGGGCUCAUGCUGGAAUAUGGCUGCUACUUUCGCUGCUGGGAGCCGCAGACCUUGCGCUGAACAUCGGCGCCGGUGGUGCUCGGGUCUCGCUGCCUUUGGUCCUUUUCGCCAUCACCGAGUGUGGCUACGUUUUCCGAAUGGUCCUUCCCUGGUUACACUUCGUGUUAGCAAGCUUGGCGCUGAUGAUCCUCUUGGUGGUCCUGCUUCUGCCAGUCUUGAUGCGCUUGACCCGUGCAGCCCCGGAAUGCCGUGUUCCAUGGGCGUGCAAGCUGGCGCUCGGCGUGUACUGCGGCGGUGCUUUGUGGAGAUGCCGCUCCGCUUCUCAGGGCGUGGGCGCCGAUCUCUUGAGCCAGCUCUCCAGUGAUGCCUUGGCCAUGUUGACGGGAACCCUCCUGCCCGUGGACUCCCGGGAGGUGCUCGCCUCCCAUGGAACUACGUUUAGCACGGCUACUACGUUCUUUCCUCCAAUACUCUUGUUUCACUGGGAAGCUGGCGCAGACAUUCUCCUGGAUCGUUCAAACGCCAGCGCGACGCCUUACCUUCGGAGGCUAGUGCAGAGGCCGGACGUUUUCUCGGGGAGUGCCAUCGCUGGAGUCCCUGUGACGCUGAAGACAGCGUGGGAGGCCAGGUUCUUUGUGGGCUGCCAGCAUCUUCCACUGCCGAUUUUCGUGAGCAAGGCUCGCCUGACUUCCGCCAUGGCCUCGCUGGUAAGCUUCGAUGAGAUGAACCCGAAAGCAGUGAUCGCCUCACCGAGGUCACUUCAAGCCUGUAAGCAGGAGGGUGUCCUACCACAAGAGUUGGUUUUCAAGCCCUUCGAGGCUUUCCAAGACAGGAACCUCUCUCCGAGGCUGCAGAAGCUUCGUUUCGACUUCUUUGAAGCCAAGAGGCGCGAUCUCCUCGCGGCAGCGCGGAGAGCCCGUGAUUCCAUUAUGUCCGACGAGCACAGGGAGAAAGAGAGUAGCAACCAACAGCUGGCGCUUGUCGCCAAGGAAAGUGGGCUUUCGAAAGGCGCUAUCCUGGCUUUGAACAGCGACACCUUGAAGCUUGAACGCCAGAAGUUGCUUCGAGCUCAGGAGACCGAAAGAAGUUGGCUGAAGAGCGCCUUGAACAGCGAACUGCAUCAGCUCAAGCAGCUUGAGUCCGCGAACCAGACGCUCUCCGCCGAAGCAGAGGAUCGACUGGACAAGAUAAGAGAGCAGUCCCGCAAGAUGAAAGAGAUGAAUGACAAGAGAGCGGAGAUGGAGGAACGCAAGCAGAUGGAAAUGGAAGCCAGGCAAAAGUUGGAGAAGCAACUUGCCAAAGAAGAGUUUCACAAGCAGCAGCUCGAGUUGCAGAACAAGCAGAAGGAAGACGCGAAAAGGCUCAAGGAAGCCUACGAACGGCAAGUGAGAGAUGCCGAGCGCAAGCGGCAGAUAGAAAGAGAGAAGGCAGAGAAACGUGAGCAAGAGGCUCGGGACUUGCAGGCCCGGAAAGAGGAAAUGCGGGCACAAGAUCAAAGGAGAAUCGAUCUUAUGGCGCAGAAGCAGGAAGCCUUCCGUGAGCUUUUGCGGGAUCGCAAGGAUGCCCGUGAUAUGAAAAUCUACAACAGCAUUCAAGCCAAUCAAGACCUUGAGCACAAGAGGCGUGAAGAUUUCGAACGGAAGCAGUCCGAGGAGAUGGAACGAGAGGAGCGGCUGAUGCAAGCUUUGGCGCUGAAGCAAGAGGAAAGUGCGAAAAGGUCGUUUCAGACGAUGAUGCGGCGGAAAGUUAUUCAGGAAGAGGCGACAAGGAAGGCCGAGGAGCGUCGCGGUGCCAUCCUCGACCAGCAAGAAGAGACGGAGUAUCGCUUGAUGGAGCACGAUGCAAAGAAGGAGCGAUACUUGGACUUCAAGCGUGAGUUGGAUGCCCUCAGGGCCAAGAACAAAGACAUCAACGUCGAGCGCCAGCGGAGGCGUGAAGAUGCAGAGCGUGAGGCAAUCGCUGAAGCUGUCAAGAAGAAGGAUGAGAAGAUCGAUCACAUGCAUGCAGAGCGGCACAGGAUGUGGGAGUUGAGACGCGCUGCCCAGGCAGAGGCAUACAAAGCUAGAGCACAGGUGAAGGACGAGAUACUGAGGCAGCGCAUCGCAUCGAAGUUUGACUCAAAGAAGCUGGAGGUCAAGCUCGAGUCCGUCAUGCAGAGCGACCUGUUCAGCGCCAAGGAGACGAUUGUGGCUGAAGAUGAGCAUGGCCUUUUAGAGAAGCUUCGGCAGCUGCUUGCCUCAUGGCGUGCGCUGAAUGCUAGCUCGCCGGCGUUCGUGUAUUUCUACGGAGGGGACGCUCAUCCCCCAUACUACGCGAACCGUGUGGAGACUUCAGAAAGAGGAUUUGCGGUCGAAGAGCUGAUGGAUGUGUUUUUAGCACUGAAUCGGAGAACCGAUGCUGUUGCGAAGCGGCUGUCGGAGUUCUGGCCUCCUCCGAGAAAGGCUUCGAGUCGCUGGCAGAAAGAGAACGGCUUGGCAUUUACUUUUGGAGACCACGGCGAGCAGCUGAGUGGUGCCGACCCGCCUCCGCAUGGAAAUCUGGUCUCGCCGGAUGUGUCGCGCACCAUGAUGGCCUUCGAAGCCAGAUCAUUCGCUUCCCGCGUCGCCUCGCCAGGCCUUUUCCGCAUGGCAGACGUUUACGCAACCAUUGCCGACCUUGUCGGCCUGGAACUGAAAGGCAAGCUAUUUGUUGGAACCAGUCUGUUUGGAAAGCUUGAAGCGCAGAGCCAAUCCAGACGGUUUGGUGUUGCUUCGUUCUCCUUCUACCGGCCAGGAGACCUCGCUGCUGCUCACUUCCGUGCCUCGGAUGGCCAGAUAUGUGCUGCGGAGUUCCACCGCGGAUCGCAAGGCAGACUCUUUGCAAGAUCUCUUCGGGAGCGGAAAGAGCCUUUCAUCCGUGGAGGACUGGUAAGAUUUGCAGCCAAGUCCCGUCUCCUUGCAACAGUGCGGCUCCGCUGGAGCUUCACGGCACCAGUGGGAGGAGGGCAGGAAGUUCACGCCUGCCAGGCCGACCCAAGCAGCACGUGUGCCAAUGAAUCCAUGGCUGCGCUGAGCUGGGCGUUAAAGCAGCGGCAGGCCAUGAACACAUUGCUGACCGCAGUCUUGCCGCAAUUUACACAGCAUGCCUGUGAUCUGGAAGCCGUGUACUUUUAA